AUGAAGCUCAAGUAUUCCAUCCCACAGCUGCUGACUCUCAACAACCGCACCAUUCCAACGUGCAUUGCAGUUGUCAAAGAACUUGGACUUCUGCGACGACCCCGUUAUAUCCACAGAAGUUCCCGUCGAAACUACCAGGAGAAAGCCUGCAGCACUGGUCGUGGUGGUAGCUUAGCUGGGCCACAUACUGGACCUGGUCAUUUCAAACUUAGCCCCUAUAUGAUUUCUCCUCAGUCACUGACUCCCUGGUACACCUACGAACUGCGAAAGAUGAAGACAGCUGAGCGUGUCCUUGAGCGUCACUUUAUGGCCUCAGGACUUCCUGUUCACAAGCAAGCAUACAGAGAGCAUCAGAAGGCCUAUGCGAGGCUCAGUGCUUGGUCUGAUGACACUCAACUAUACGUCAGGACCAACUCAACCCUGUCUGCUGUCCUGCCAUCUUCCACUUUGACCACCUGCCUGGAGCAGAUAAAGGCGUGGAUGAAGCAAAAUUUCUUGCAGCUAAACAGCUCCAAGACUGAGGCCAUCCUAAUCGGCACUCCAAACCAAGUCCGAACAUCUGUCAUUAACAGCAUUACCUUCUCUGGCCAGGAUAUUUCACUCUCAACAUCAGUCACCAACCUGGGUGUUAAAAUGGACUUGCAUCUGACAUUUGAGGAUCACAUCAAACAUCUGUGUAAGACCUAUUUUUUUCACCUGAGGAACAUCGCCAAACUUCGCCCUAUGCUCCCUUUUGGAGAUGCAGAAAAGCUUGUCCACGACUUUGUCUCCUCCAGGCUGGGCUAUUGUAAUGCGCUCCUCAUCGGGAUCCCUGGCAAAAGCCUCCAGAAGCUGCAGUACAUUCCGAACAGUGCUGCUAGGAUCCUGAUGAGGGUGCGCAAAUAUGAUCAUAUCACUCCCAUCCUUAAUAUCUCCUGA